AGGUGUAACGUCUCUUUAUUAUUUUCUCUAUUCCUAUUUCUCUCUCUCAGUUUUAUUUCUGUAAUUUAUGAUUUAUUCUUUUAUUUUGGUUCUAGUCCUGGCUAUGGUGAGCAUAUCCCGCUGCAUGCGAACCUGUGCAUAAUUGCCCCCCUUUUUUUCUCUCCCUGCCCCCCUCCUCCGCAUAGCUCCCCAAUCCCCGCACAGAAGCCCAUCCAAGUCGUCCUCACUCCUUCGAAAGAGUAUAACCCUCAGUCGAGUGCGACUUGGCGAGCGCUGCAGGAAACGGACGCGCCCAUGGACCCCGAGAAGGUGGCCAACUACACCUCGCUCAAGGAGCAUGACCCGAUCUACUCCGAGGUCUAUACGGCCCCCGUGGCGCCCAAGCCGGGCCAGCGCCCCGUCCCCAGGACCAAUGCCCUCCCCGGCCCCCGCUCGCCGGUCUCGGACCUCCUCCCCGCCAGCAUGAGGCCCGCCGCCGCCGCCGCCGCCAACGACGCGGCGGAGCUCGACGGCGCCGCCCCCGCGCGGAGCUUCCUCAGCCCACCUAAGACCGGUCCUUCCGCCGUCAGGUCCGCGGCGCUGGCCGAGGCCAAACCCGUCAACCACCAGAUGACCAGCGAGCCAGUCAAGAUCCCUCUGUUCGAGACCAACGCCAUCGGCGGCAGAAAGCGCAUCGCCCAGACGGCCUCCUUCAACAAGCUGAUGAUGGACGUCCUCGGGGAGUGAGGAGGCGGCCUCUGCGGGGCUUCGGCGCCGCCCGCGCCCUCAACACGCCGUUGCUCGGAGUCAGCGUUCGAAGCCUACGACACUCGUGUCACUUUUCGUGUGGAAGGAAUGUGGCACUUUAGAGAAGAUGAUUUGCUCUGAUUUUUUUUAUUUAAUUAAUUUCUUUGGCUCAUUAUUUUUUGGCCUCUUGACCAGCAUUAUCAAGUCUGUGUCUCUCUCCCAGUGUAUUAUAUCCUAUUCUUCACUCUUUCUCGUUCUCUCUCUAUUGUUCUUACUUUCUCUACUCGAGGAAGCCAGAAUGAAGUACGUGACUGAGAGAGAGAGUGAGAAAGAGCUAGAGAGAGUUAAAGAGGGCGAGAGGGAGAGAGAUAAGAGGGAGAGAAAGAGAAAAAGGGAGAGAAGAAAAAAAAUCUAUAUAUCAUAUGAACCAUAUCUCUUCUUUCCAAAGAAAACGUCAGAUGAACCUUUUUCUCUCUCUCUCGCUCCCAUAUUUUAUCUAUUUGCUUUGAAUGACAAGAUCAUAUCUGAAAUUGCCAUUAUGAUCUUUAUUUCAUUACCAUUAAUGUUUUAUUGAUGAUAUUUAUCAUUCUAAUCUAUGGAUGUUGGUUUUGGAAAAUCAGCAUUUAUGCUUUCAAUUUAUUUUGCUGCUGUCAUUAUCUUUUGAUAGAUUAAUCUACUGAGGAGUGAGGAAGACUUUGUAAGGGAAAACUAUAAUUUCUUAUAUCAUUGCCAUCACUUGUAUUGCCCUGCGAGGCAAUAAUAACAAUAAUAGUAACAGGUAAAUAAAAUAUAGCAGUGAAAGGGUUCAGUUACAAAAACUGAGAAAGAAAGUUUGAAGAAAAAGAAAGAAAAACAUAUAAUCUAAGGCAGAUUCUCUCCUUAAAAACGUUAUUGAGAUCUGCGUUUUUUGUAUUUUUCAAAAGGUGGAUGUCCAUCCGCUGUUGAUGGACUAUAUAUAUAUUUUUUGGACAUUUUGGUGCUAGUCAUGAUUAUUGCCCUUCCGAUUUCCUUUGUCUUAGUUCCCCCUUUCCUUUAGCUCCUUCAUCCCGUUUUCUUUCUUCCCGUUUUCCUUCCAUCUUCGCCAGAACUUGAAACCCCUUUGUGAAUAAAGAUAAGAACUGCCAGUAGUGUUGAUAGCGAUAAUGAUUCACUAAGAUUAUAUCCUUACUGUUAUCCCCUUUCUCCCUCCCCCCUAGAAACGGUAGUAAAGAUAGGAAUAAAAAAAAAAUCCUCAACAAAUAUCUAGAGUCUAUGUAGAGUCGAGUGCUUGUGAAGUGAGAGUGAACACAUCUAGAUUGUCUAUGUCUACCGUCUGUCUUGUCUGUCUACGUGUCUGCCUUCCCUACCCUCCCACCCUCUCCCUCUUAUCCUCUUCUCACACAUGCGUUACUUGUUAUACAUCCACUAAUAAACUUAGUGUGAGAGGUAUUGUGUAUAAUAUAUUAUUUAUUAUUUUUUGUAACCAGAAUACCCUAAUGCAUUAUCAAAAAUAGGAGAAGUAAAAAAAAGUCAUGUUUGUAAGUAUGCAAAAUAUGGAUUUUUAGUCUUUGCAUUGUUUCAGGAUACCGAUAGAUAAUCUUUAUAUGUUUUAUUUCUAUUUUUUUUUUUUUUUAUCUUACGUGGAAGUAUUUAGAAUUAUAUUUAACAAUUGAUAUCUAACUAAUCAUAUUGUUUUCUAAUUCAACUGAUAUUUGGACUCAAAAAGGCACUUGGAGAAACUCCCUUUGAUAAGAUCUUUUAUUUGUUAUCAAUUAUCGUUCGUUUUCUUCGUUCAGCGUCCGGUUCAAAGGGCGUCUGAAGUAGAGCCCAAGAGAUGGCGUGUUUGACAUCGACCCACCAUAGCUUUGGUCUGCGUCCGUUUUAUGCAGCAGCUGGUUUCUCUCUGCUUUGUCUCGUCUGGUUGUCAUUCUUUCGAGUAGCCAAGAAAAAACGAAAAAUAAAUCCAUUUCCUUCCCUUCCUCUCAAUCCCUUUUUUCUCUUGACUGAUGCAGAAGGAGAGGGGCGUCCGCUCCCCCUCGAAACCUUCUCCCAUCAAGUCCCGCCCAUCUGGGAAAGGGAAAACGUGUUGCAUCGACUGCCGUCUGGCUAGCACAAACUGACUUAAUAUUCUGAUUACUUUGGGAAUGUUCUUUUCCAGGAUGAUCAUAUUUUAGCUAUUGUGAACAAAAUGUACAGUUAAUGAGUGUGAGUAAAUGGUAAACACAGUUAA